UACGAGCAAUUACGAAAUACAGACAUUUGUAUAAAAACUUGAAUAUUGAAAGUGUAUUUUGUGACUCAGCACUUGACUUAUUAUUGAUAAAAUGACAAAGGAAAUCAAUGUUACAGUAGAUCCCCGUCCCUUGGAUGCUUCAGGAAAUCCACAAGACUUUACGCACAAUCCUCCGCCAUAUUCUACAAUUGGAGCACAACCGUAUCCGCAUCCGCAGCAAGGAUAUCCGCAACCUUCUUCAAAUCCAUAUCCAAAUAUGGGAUGGAAUCCGCCGCCAACACAACAGCCAAUGCCUCAAGCUGGUCAAGUAAUCAUUACGUCGCCGAUUGUAGUUCAACCCGUCAGAGUUAUGCCAACGGGAGCAUCUCCUUUUGUCACUGUUUGUCCAAAUUGUCAACAACAAAUUACAACGAGAACGGAUUCAGAAACGUCUAUAGCACAACAUUUAUGGGCAAUGGGUUUAUGUAUCAUCGGAUGUUGGCCUUGUUGUUUAAUCCCUUACUGCAUGAAAGACUGUCAAAAUACGACACAUUAUUGUUCGAACUGUGGACAAUUCAUUGGCAGACACGGAACUUGUUAAUUAUCAUUAAAUAUUCCAAAGACUUAUUACUUGCAUGAAUUAUCUUUUUUUCAUAAAAGGCGUUUUAAUAAAGAAAUAUUCUUCACGUA